AUGGCGUCUCAGAAAACGGAGGCCGUUUACUUUCAUAACGGCCGCCAUGGGGCGCCGCCGGAGACCCGGGUCACGGUGGAUGGAGUCCGCGUCCGCGUCGCACCCACGAUCAAGUAUCUGGGUCUGACGUUGGAUGGUCGAUGGAAUUUCGAGGCCCACUUUAAAGCCUUGGCCCCCCGGGUCAGGAAGGCUGGCUUAGCGUUAGCCAGUCUUAUGAAGACCCAGGGGGGCCCUGGAUGGCACGCUCGCCGCCUAUACGUCGGUGUGGUGCUCUCGAUCGCCCUCUAUGGGGCGCCCAUACGGGCGCCCCGAUUAAUGGUCUCCGGCCGCAGCAAGGCGCUUUUGCGCCAGGCAAUGCGGCCGAUGGUUGUGAGGGCGGUUCGGGGGUACCGCACCAUCGCGUAUAGUGCGGCGACGGCCCUGGCCGGCUCCCACUGCGGGAUGCCACCACUGCCCGGCGCUUUAGGAUACGGUGCAGCAUACCUUGGUAGAAUGCCAGGCGUGAGCUAA